AUGGAGGAUCAUCCUCCUCCUCUUUCAUACGUCGUCGUUGCGUGUGAUGCCACCAAGGACGGCAAUGAGCACGACAUCAAGCUCGUCGUCGAUCAUGUUCGGGCCAGGGGUGUCAUUCUCUCUGCUGGUGAAAGGUUGCUUGUGCUCUGCGUUUUGCAUAAGGUGCCUCACCCCAUGGGGUACCAGACAUUAGCAUGCCCCGAGUCUUUUGCUGGCACGAACUUUCGUGCAAUGGAGGAAGAAGUCAGAAAGAAAGUUAAUGUAUAUGCAAGUGAGCUUUUAUCAAGUUAUGAAGAUUUUGAAAAUGAAGGGGUUAGCAUCGAAGUUAAAGUCACCGCGGGUUUUCCAAUUAGACAGGUUAUUUCACAAGAGGUUAAAAACUACAAUGCAUCUUGGAUUGUACUUGAUAGACACCUAAGGCGUGACCUGAGAUUCUACAACAAGUUGCCAUGCAAGGUGGCAUUGGUUAAAGAUGACUUGUCUGUGGAUAUCUGGAGAUCUCAUUAUAUACAAAACACAAAUGUCACAGAAACAAAUAUUGAAGACAUUGAUCAAUCUGUUAUCUCUGCCAAAAGUUAUCCCCAUUCCAUAACUUCCUCUGAUAGCUCGGGUACUAUUAAGAGCUAUAUGAAGUAUACUAACAGGUCAAGGGAGCACAGCUCUUCAUUAGAUUUUGGAUCUUCUUCUAAGCAAGAAAGAUCAGGCAUAAGCAUCAAAGGAGAUUAUAGUCAUUCCAUUACUUCUCAGAUUGGUCAUAUGAAAUUCCAAGUUGGCUUUCUACCAAAAUCUUCAGAUGCACCAAUUCUUUGUGCUGGCUGUGGGGCAAGGACUGAGUUGACUAUCAAGGAAUCAAUGAGGUUCAGCUAUUCUGACAUACAGCUUGCAACAAAUGAUUUUUCAAAGGAAAGCUUAUUAGGUGAAGGUGGAUAUGGUCAUGUAUACAAGGGCGUGCUUAAAGAUGGACAGCAAAUAGCAGCAAAAGUAAGGAAAGAAGAAAGCACACAAGGAUUUUCUGAAUUUCAUUCUGAGGUGUAUGUCUUAAGUUUUGCUCGACACAGGAAUAUAGUGAUGCUGUUGGGUUACUGUUGCAAAGAAAAGAAAAAUAUUCUGAUAUAUGAAUAUAUUUGCAAUAAGUCUCUUUAUUGGCAUUUAUUUGAAAAUAAUGCAGAAGUUCUUGAGUGGCAACAAAGGUAUGCUAUUGCCAUUGGAACUGCAAAGGGAUUGCGUUUUCUACAUGAGGAAUGCCGUGGUGGUCCUAUUAUUCAUCGGGACAUGAGACCAAGCAAUAUACUCCUCACUCAUGAUUUUGUUCCCAUGCUAGGUGACUUUGGUCUUGCCAAAUGGAAGAAUGGUGAUGAUACUCUGCAAACAAGGAAUAUAAUGGGCACAUUAGGAUACCUUGCUCCUGAAUAUGCUGAAGACGGUAUUGUUUCUGUGCGGACAGAUGUGUAUUCUUAUGGUGUUAUUCUGUUACAAUUGAUAUCAGGACGCAAGGUUGGCAAUUCCAAUAAUCCAGAACAACAACAAUCUCUCCGACAAUGGGCUGAACCAAUGAUUGAGAAGUUGGCUUUACAUGAACUAAUUGACAGUCGUCUAGGGGAAUCAUAUGACACAUAUGAACUAUACCUCAUGGCUAAAGCAGCAUAUUUCUGUGUGCAAAGAAAGCCUGAGAUGCGUCCAUCAAUGGGAGAGGUUGUGCGCCUUCUUGAGGGAGAAAGUAACCAUUUUCACUCCAUGGAAGAUCAAUUUGCACCUGAUUAUAACAGUUGA